AUGGAGCGGGACGAGCGCACCCUUGGGCCUCGCCACCCCGCCACCGCCAUGAGCAAGCACAACUAUGCCGAAGCGCUGAGCGACUCAAACCCACAGGAGGCGGAGCGGCUGCACCGCGAGGUGCUGGCAGUCAAGCUGGCCACGCUGGGCGCCUCCAGCGUCUCCACCGGCACCACCUACAACAGCCUGGGCCGCCUGCUGAAGCAGCGCGGGGCGCUGGAGGAGGCGGAGACCAUGCUUCGGGCGGCGCUGCAGAUCCGGGAGGCGCGCCCGGCAGAGUCGCACGACGCCGCCAUCACCCGGGACGAGCUGGGGUGCGUGCUGCAGGCGGCGGGGCGCACGGCAGAGGCGCGGGAGAUGCGGCUGCGCCGCGGCCGAGACAGCCUCAUCUGCUCCAACCCGCCCUGCUCCAAGUCGGCGCGCCAGGCGGGGGCGCCCCUCAAGGCCUGCGCCCGCUGCGGGGCGGUCUGGUACUGCGGCCGCGACUGCCAGCACGCAGACUGGGCUGCCUCCCACAAGCGGGUGUGCACGGCGCAGGCGGGGGCGGACUAG